UCAAUCUGGUGCCGGCAACGUUGAAUUAUCCAAUCAGAUUGCUCUUGCCUCUAUAAAUAAAGCAGAGCGCACUUCCACUUUCACUGUUCUGUACUUUUUUCUCUGAUGCGUGCUUGCUAUGGCUCGUACUAAGCAAACCGCCCGGAAAUCCACUGGAGGGAAGGCGCCCCGUAAGCAGCUCGCUACGAAGGCUGCUCGUAAGAGCGCGCCGGCUACAGGCGGCGUGAAGAAGCCUCACCGCUACCGGCCCGGCACCGUGGCGCUGCGGGAGAUCCGCCGCUACCAGAAGUCGACCGAGCUGCUGAUCCGCAAGCUGCCUUUCCAGCGGCUGGUGCGCGAGAUCGCGCAGGACUUCAAGACCGACCUGCGCUUCCAGAGCUCGGCCGUGAUGGCCUUGCAGGAGGCCAGCGAAGCCUAUCUGGUCGGGCUGUUCGAGGACACGAACCUGUGCGCCAUCCACGCCAAGCGCGUGACCAUCAUGCCCAAGGACAUCCAGCUGGCUCGCCGCAUCCGCGGAGAAAGGGCAGACUAUUCAGCGAUUAUGUCGGGCCGUGGAAAGCAGGGAGGCAAGGCUCGCGCCAAGGCUAAGACUCGAUCCUCCCGGGCCGGGCUCCAGUUCCCGGUUGGCAGAGUGCAUCGUCUGCUUCGGAAAGGGAAUUAUUCUGAGCGGGUGGGAGCUGGAGCGCCGGUGUAUUUGGCUGCCGUGUUGGAAUAUCUCACUGCUGAAAUCUUGGAGUUAGCUGGCAAUGCUGCCCGUGACAACAAGAAGACGCGUAUCAUUCCGCGUCAUCUUCAGUUGGCUAUCCGCAAUGAUGAAGAGCUCAACAAACUGCUGGGCAAAGUCACCAUCGCCCAGGGCGGAGUGCUGCCCAAUAUCCAGGCCGUGCUGCUGCCUAAGAAGACCGAGAGUCACCACAAAGCCAAGGGCAACCCACCUACUCAGCCCCAUUGGAAGAAGGCUUUCAAAAGACGUGUGACCAAAGCUCAAGUACAGCCACAAGGAGCUACUCCAUCUACGUGUACAGUGUAUAAGAUGCUGAAGCAGGUCUAUCCUGACAUGGGCAUCUCAUCCAAGACCAUGGACAUCAUGAACUCAUUUGCCAAAGACAUCAUCGCUGGCGAGGCCUCCCACCUGUCGCAUUACAAGAAAUUCCAUGGACCUCCUACUAGUUUGGUUGAAGUCCGAAAAAAAAUUCCCUUCAAGUUAGCUCGGGGGUCGGGGAUCCAGUCAAAGUUCAGAAACUCUGGCUACUGUAUCAGGUCCCCUCUGGCGGCAGUAGGUGCCACCUUUUUGUCAGUGUCUUUUAGAAAUUGUUCUAGUGUCUUCAACAUGGCUCGUACCAAGCAAACUGCUCGUAAGUCUACGGGUGGUAAAGCACCGCGCAAGCAGCUUGCUACGAAAGCUGCCCGUAAGAGUGCGCCGGCUACUGGCGGCGUGAAGAAGCCUCACCGCUACCGGCCCGGCACCGUGGCCCUGCGGGAGAUCCGGCGCUACCAGAAGUCGACCGAGCUGCUGAUCCGCAAGCUGCCCUUCCAGCGGCUGGUGCGCGAAAUCGCGCAGGACUUCAAGACCGACCUGCGCUUCCAGAGCUCGGCCGUGAUGGCCUUGCAGGAGGCCAGCGAAGCCUAUCUGGUUGGGCUGUUUGAGGACACGAACCUGUGCGCCAUCCACGCCAAGCGCGUGACCAUCAUGCCCAAGGACAUCCAGCUAGCUCGCCGUAUCCGCGGGGAGAGAGCUUAGACAGAAAUUUGAAUUUUUGUUAUUCAAAAACCAAAAGGCUCUUUUCAGAGCCACUUACAUUUUCCUUGAAAAUAGCUGUAAUGCGAUUUUUAGCGUUGGUUACCUAAUCCAAUUGGCCUGAGCACGUUCCCCUUAAAUUGUGUCUGCAGGCAAACUUUGUGUUUUCAAAGGAGCGUUAUGCACCGUUCGACGUUGGGGGGGUUACUCUUCCGGAUCUCGCGAGAGCUUUUGGCAGACGUCUUGCCAGUUACAGGUUGAGAAAAUACCAAAAGAAUAUAGGGUGCUCAUUGCUUUAGGAGAAAUUUCUAGCUUAAAUUUACUGUUUCCGUUUCUCGCCAUCUUUCUAAAAGCUUGUGAUUAUUCAGUUAUAUCCGACUCUGACCUCAGGGUGAGGAACAGGCAGACGUAAUCUGAUCCAUUACUCGCCAAGCUUGCCCAAUCAGGCAGGUCUUAAGCGUAGAUGACUGCGUAUUCCGGCAUGGCUAACAAAAGGACAACCAUGGCAUCACAAAACUAAAAAGUGCAAACGCCUGAAUGCUGGAUAUUUAUUCUUCGUGUAUGCAAAUAACGGCUCACCCUCUAGAGCGUAUGCAAAUUAAGAAUGUUGAUUUUUUUUUUCCUAUUGGCCAAUAAUCAACCAAUCAGAA